UUUGAAAAUAACAGGCAACGUAACCCGCCAUUUAAAUGUUUUAAAAGUCGUGUUGUUACUUCUGCUUUAAACAGACUGUUGAGCUCAAGUGAGGAGAAUAAGUGAAUACAAGUCUAGCCACAAGUCGCAUCCACUGUCUUCGUCUCGUGUUAAGGUAACCUUAAAUAAACAUCAUGGGAUCCAGUGAGAGCAAGAUGGUUGUUUCUGUACCAAUAAAACCAGAACCAGCGAUCAAAAAUAGUAGAGUCGGUGAUCUGAUGGAUCCACGCUCUCCUUCAACAGGACUUGACCGUACACCCAUUCAGGUUGGUGCGCUUGCGUCCAAAACUGAGUGUCCCCUGGCAUUCACUGAUCCCCGCUCGCCUACUAUUGGCAUUAGCCGAACCCCUGUCAGAGACGUCAUGAGAGCGAAAGUUGGGUCCUUUGCCCGCCGCCUGGGCAUCCUUCUACACAGUGAGGCCGAAGCCAAAGUCCCUGAAGCCCCUCAGAAAUGCUUCAGUGAUGCCGUGGAGGAAGAGGAAGAUGAGGUCUUUAAGGGUGAAGAGCUGGCUUCCACCGAGCCUCUCCUGUCUCCUCAGCCCUCCCACACCUACGCCUCCCUGGCUGAGCAUGCUAACCUCCUGGCCACCCCUGUGCAGCCCCCUCUCCAAAGUGAGGGUGACUCAAGCCCCUUUGUGCUUCUUGAGAAGCCCCAAGUGGAGGUGGAGUUAGAAACUCAGGCAGACAUUAGCCUGGAGGAGGCUGAAGAAGCAAGAGAGUCUCCUCUUCACAAGAGACUGAGCAUGAGCCUGAUAACUUGCCACGAGGGAGCGACCUCAUCCCAGGUCUUUGAUGAGGUGCAGUGUGACAGUACGUCAUCCCCAGCGUCUAGUGCGGAAGUGGAGCCACUCGGGGCUGGUGUGGAUCAUGCUUAUGCCCUUCCCUUUAUCACUGUUGAACCAGCGACCCCCGUUGAGCCUUCCCUCCCCACUGAUUCCCCAGCUCAGGUGUCCCCUGCACAGUCAGAGGAAGCAGAACCAUCUUCUGAGGAAACCAAAGAGCUCGUUGAAGAUCCUUCUCUGCCUCCUGCACCAGAGCCACCGACUGUCCCCAGCCCAGAGCAGCCAAAGCUCAGCACCGGCAUUCGCUGCCCCACCUUCGACUCCAAGAGCCCAAGUCAGGUGGUGUUCAAGCCGCAGUGGUUGGGAAAAGGUUUUGGCACCACUAAGCCGAGAGCUAGAGGAGUUCAGGGUGGAAAAGGAGGCGCCUCUCCUCUCGCUGUCCGCGUGGCCGUGAAGAAAGUAGCCGAUGAGAACAAGCGACGGUCUGGAAAACUGAAGCAGAAAGGUACUGAAGGCCGCUCCCCGCUGCAGAUCCUUAGGGCGACCAACUCUCCCCGGGAACAACGUACUCAGAUGAAGCUGAAGGUGUCCACCCCAGAUAAGCAGAGGCAGGUACAGAUGGACCGCAGAGUGCUGGCAGUGUCUCUGGAUAAGGAGAACCGAUGAGUCACUGCAGCAGCGUGUACAGAAUCCGGCCACUUUUAUAUCUCUUAAAACAAGCUUUUAUGUGUACAGCUUUCUUAAACUGAUUUUUCUUUUUCCCUGUGUAUAUGGCUUUUAUUACAGCAGUUUUCUAUCCUUUUUUAAUCUUUUUGUAAAUAUAAAUAAAAUUAUUUGCAUUCAUACUGAA